AUGAAUCCAGAUCCAGAUGAAAAGGAUAUGAUAGGAGAUCUUUUAGAUGGUAUCUUCAUUUUCUUUUUGAAUUUUAGAUAGUUUUGAAAAUGUAACCAAAAUCAAAAAAACAUAUUCUCCAAAUAGACCUUCUACUUUUCAAAUUAAUUAGACAUAUAAUUAAUCUCCAAUAUAUUGUCCUAAAGUCUAUUCUCCUCAAAUGCAAUAAAAAUCAAAGUUUUAAAUUUUACUAAUUAAGUUCUUAUGAUUUAGAUCUCAGACUCACUAAAGUUCCAGUUGAAUAAAGUGCUCCAAAUUCAGGAUUAAAAUCAAAAUCUUAUGUUUGCAUAAAUCAGUUUAAUCCAGAUGAUGAAACCUCCUUAGAAGGAGAUUUAGUAUCAAAUUUCAAUACUAUUUAAGAUAUCUAAAUGUAAAGAUUAAAAUGGAGCUAGAAACAUUCAAAAAGCCUUUGAAGUAGGCUCCUAAGCAAUUAAAGAAUAAAUUUUUAAUAAGCUAGAAAAAGGGCUUUUAUCUCUUUCAAAAGAUGUAUUUGGGAAUUAUGUCAUUUAAAAUCUUCUUGAAUUUGGUAUUUUACAAUAUAUCAUCAUUAGGAACUUCAUUACAAAAAUAAAAAAUACUCAUAAUUCUAUAAACUCACUCCUUAUAAUUAGCUUUUCAUUAAUAUGGAUGCAGAGUAUUAUAAAAAUUACUCUAAAAUACAUAUAACACUCCUGAUUUUCCAAUUUUAUUUGAUACUAUCAAAUUUAAAGUUAGAGAUUUAGUUAUUGAUUAACAUGGCAAUCAUGUUGUUUAGAAAUUAAUCUAAUUAAUGGAAAACAAUAUCAGCUUAUGGGUUUUAGAUGGAAUUGAAGGAUAAAUCAAUAAACUUGUCUAGAACUCAUUUGGUUGUAGAAUUAUAUAAAAAGCUGUUUCUAUUUCUAACAAUUAUCCAGAAAGAUAAAAUUAGAUUUUAAUUGAAAUAAUGAACCUAGUUUAUGAACUUUGUAUUUCCCAAUAUGGCAACUACAUAAUUCAACAGUUGUUGAAGGAUGGACCAAUUCAUAUCUAAAAUUAGAUUUAAUAAGUUAUUAUGGAAAAACUAGAAGAAUAUAGUCUAAAUAAAUUUGGAAGGUAAAUUUUAAAAUUAAUCUUAGUAAUGUAGUUGAUUGUGCAAUUUAAUACUCUAAUAAUUAAUUUAAACUUAAAAUUAUGGAACUUUUAUUAAGUUAAAAAAAUUAAUAAGUUUUAUUUGUUAGAUUAUCUACAAAUGCUUAUGGUAAUUAUGUUGUUUAAAAUUUUCUUAAAUUUGCAGAUUCAGAAAUAUAAAAAGAACUUUAUUUUAAAAUUACUAAUAAUUAAUAGCUCUUAUAAGAAAUUUAGUAAUAUAAAUUUGGUAAAUAAUAAAUAAACUUUAAUUAGGCCAAUUCGUUUAUUAGAUGUUGACUUAAAAAUAAGAAUUAGAAACCUUUAAUUUAUGA